CUCUUAGUUUGGAAUCAGUUCAACGCACCACGAUUACCUAGAGGCCCAAGCAAUGAUUCACAGUGCAGUGAGACGCCGGGAGUUGGAUAGUAGCCACCAGAAAAACAUACAUCAUCUCUACGACUGUUUCCACUGCACUAAGAUUGAGACCUGUGCGAUUGCUGCAGCUUAACAUAUACUUGAUAUAGGCCUACUACAUCCAUAUUGUUUGAUCAGAAGCAAGACUUGGAUCAUUCUUUAAAUACAAUGGAUCAGCAACAAAUAUCAUUUCAACAACAAAGCCAGAGCCCCUGGGAACCGUUUCCUGGGUCUUACGACUCCCCCGCCUUCCAACGGCGAAUGCAGCCAGAGUCCUUCUCAACGCAGACUUCUGAAGAUUACGCUUCCUUAAAGGCGGCGUGCCUCAGAGACGGCCGUCUGUACGAGGAUCCGGAUUUCGGGGCAGAAAGUAGCACUAUCGGUCCCGAAUACACUAUAAGCAGACCUUAUGCCUGGAAAAGGCCAAAGGAACUUGUAUCAGACCCAAAGUUUCUGGUAGCAGGUGCCAGCCGCUUUGAUAUCGCGCAGGGAGACUACAUAGGUGAUUGCUGGUUUGUAGCGUCAGCGGCUCUGUUGGCGACCAAGCCGGAGUUAUUUGAAAGAGUGGUGCCUCCGGAACAGACAUUUGAAGAUGGAGAUUAUGCAGGUAUUUUUCAUUUUCGGUUCUGGUACUUUGGCGAGUGGGUUGAAAUCGUGAUAGACGAUCGACUGCCCGUGGGCAGAGAUGACGAGAUGAAGUUUGCACACAACAAAAUUACACCAAACGAAUACUGGCCAGCUCUACUGGAGAAGGCAUAUGCUAAGUUACACGGUCACUAUGAAGCACUGGAGGGCGGUCUUGUGCGCGAGGCGCUUGUGGAUUUUACCGGAGGUAUUUCGGAGCACUUCGAUCUGAAGAAGCCUGAAAAGAUACCAGACGACUUCUUCGACUUGGUCAUGAGAACUUUCCAAAUGUCUUCUAUACUUGGAGCAGAAAUAUGGUCGGACCCUAAAUCUUUACAAGUUGAACGAAUGCCAAACGGAUUGUACAAAGGACAUGCUUACAGUAUAACUAACGUGGCCAAAAUUACCAUCAGAGGCCGUGAACAUCAGCUACUGCGGCUGAGGAACCCUUACGCCAUGGACGAGUGGCAGGGGGAAUGGUCGGACAGCUCCCCGAUUUGGCAAGACGUGACGGAAGAACAAAAGCAAGACUUUAAUUUACGUGUAGAGGACGAGGGUGAAUUUUGGAUGCCUUUCGAAGAUUUCAUGAGAGAGUUUGACAAUUUGGACCUGGUGCAUUUGGAUCCGUCCAGUUUCACCGGCAAUCUACAGACCACUUUCAAAGGGAAACUUGUCUGGAAUGAACGCAAUCACAAAGGUCGCUGGAUUAAAGGUGUCAACGCAGGGGGCUGUGGCCUGCUGAGACCGUAUGAAGAUUUGUACUACACUAACCCCCAGUACGUGGUACACCUUGUUGAUCCUGACCCCACCGAUACUGAAGACAAGUGUAUCGUGAUUAUCUCUAUCAUGCAGGGCAGAACAGACAGACUUAUGAUAGGAGUGGACGUACAUUUGAUGAAAGACGGUGUCCCGGCGUUAUUGGACGGGCAAAACUAUGGCGAGAGAGCUUUUGCCGUCAAGGAGUUCCGUAGCCGAACCGCAGCGAGAGAGCUCAGUUGUCGCUUGCGCCUUAACCCUGGGACUUAUUGUGUGAUACCCAACGCUCUAAAGGCAAAUCAAGAAGGACCCUUUUUGCUGAGGAUACUCACUAUUCAAAAGAUUGACACUAGUUUAAUAGACGAGUCUACAGGGCCCAUCCUCCCUCGCCCUGGAAGUACUUUAGUUAUUGGAGCAAUAGACAGAAAGUUACCAGAAACCCCCACACCAUCCACGACGCCAAUAACAACAACAACAACGACCACAACAACGUCAAUCACAACGCCGACAAUAACACCAACAGUAGCGCCCAGCGCUCCAGGGCCCGUGGAAAGAAUUGAUGAUGACAUGUACCGCCAGUUUGCGGGCGAGGACUACCUCAUUGAUGCAAAAGAUUUGAGAGACUUGCUGAAUGCUCUUUGUCUAUCUGCUUAUGGUAGUGAAGGAGGAUUCUCACUGGAAACUGCUCGCAGUCUUCUUGCCAUGUACGACACGUGGCAUUUGGGCGUCGUGUCCAGUGAAGAGGCUAGUAAAGUGUGGGCGUUUGUCAAGAACUGGAAGGAACGGUUUGAUCGGUUUGACAAGGAUAACUCAAGAUCCAUCGACUCGCUGGAAUUAAGGCGUAUCUUCAGGGAUAGCGGGUUUUCUUUAAGUUUGGCCAGUUCGAUGGCUCUAUCAGUCCGCUAUGGAGGCCGCCUUGGAUCAAUAGGGUUUGAUGACUUUAUCCUCUUGGUCGCCAAGACAAAACGCUGCUACGACAGUUUUAUCAGUUUUCAACCAAACCCCAAGGAAGACGCUACGGUUAACCUUGAACAGUGGAUGGAAGCUGCUUUGUAUCUUUAAGAAGACGGUAGCAACGAUACUCCCUGUUCGAUACAUGAAAAGAAUGCCCAAAAAUAUAAGUUUGUUAGGAUUUAGAGUUUAAGUAGGAGUACAAAAGCUAUAUUCGAGGGGCACUCCGCGGGAUUUUCCCGCCAAGAUGAAGUUUCUUGUAGUAAACAGCAAUUUUUCUCCUAUUAACAAGAAUAAUUGUUUGAGCCGUCCUUGCACUUGGAUUCGAUGUUUUAUUCCAUUUACAUAACAUAUGACCGUGGGGGAUUAUCUAUCAAACGCGUGGAGAGAACCUUAUCUUUUUGGUGGGAAAACCCCAUGGAAUGGUCCCAAAAAAAUAAACAAUAACUCUCUACCACAUGAGAUUUGCAGCAUAAAUAAAAAAAUGGUUAAAAAAUGUUUGACCUGUUAGACUUCGGGUACUUGACUUGAAGUAUGAAGACUUGAAGACUAAUUCUACUGUGGGCAUACUGAACCGUGAUAAUUCCAUUCAGCAGACUUCCACGUAAAGAAAGUAACAAAUGUGAAAACAAAAAUUGAUAACCUAAAGUAAGCCCAUGGCUUCAACAAAUUUAAGUGGCCUAGAAAAUUAAACAGGGGAAAAAUUUGGUCUUGCAGACUUUGCGUCUUAUGAAGAAGGAAUUCUAACUGUGGAAUAAUGGGGAAUAACUAUUCAGUGCUGCUACCACAUUAUUGUAAGGCCGAUGUAUACUGUGAAAAUCGCGCUUCCCUCUCAACCCCUCUUCACACCAGCAACACUUUGCCCUUUGUGGAAUCCUUGGGUCCACUGUCUGUGUAACAACUAAAGUUGUUGGUUGGUGUGAAUAUGCUUCAUUUAUGUUAACACGUUAUUUAUUUUUUUAUCAUUAUCAACGGAUAACAACUGUUCAUUUUGGCCAAAAAAUGAAUUUUUCCGGGGUAAAGGACUAUUUCCCCAUACUUCAUAAUAGUUAAUGAAUCCAUUCCCAUAUUCAAAGUUAGUCCCUGUUUUUUUUUUUCUAAAAAGUUUGGUUUUUUGUA